AUGGCGAGCAGAACCAACCCACUUCUCUCAUGCCUGCCUUACAUUUUCACCUGGAGAAGAUUCGGAUUCCGUACAAUUUGCAGUGGUCGUCUCGGUUUUGCCCCGUCGACUUCUCCGUCGGCGUCACCCGCGGAUUCCGAAGGUGCACCCUCUGGAGAGCCUGGAGUGAAAGUCCUCGAAACUUUUAGAGAAGAGUUCGAGAUCGGAUCAAAACAAAUUACGCUAGAAACGGGGAAGAUUGCUCGGUUCGCCAACGGUGCAGUCGUUUUAGCCAUGGAAGAGACCAAAGUAUUAUCCACCGUCACUUCGGCUAAAGGCGAUGCUGUUCGUGAUUUCUUGCCUCUCACUGUGGAUUAUCAAGAGAAGCAGUUCGCUCAGGGUGUGAUCCCAACCACCUUCAUGCGGAGGGAGGGUGCUCCAAAAGAACGUGAACUUUUAUGUGGUCGUCUCAUUGAUCGACCUAUACGACCACUUUUUCCUGCUGGAUUUUACCAUGAGGUCCAGGUAAUGGCAACUGUCCUUUCUUCUGACGGGAAACAAGAUCCAGAUGUAAUGGCUGCUAACGCGACAUCCACUGCUCUUAUGUUAUCAGACAUACCUUGGGCUGGCCCGAUUGGAGUGAUACGUAUUGGCAGGAUUUGUGGGCAAUUUAUCGUUAAUCCAAGUAUGGAUGAGCUUAGCUUAAGUGAUCUUAACUUGGUAUAUGCCUGCACAAAGGAUAAAACUUUGAUGAUAGAUGUGCAAGCCCGUGAGAUUUCGGAAAGAGAUCUCAAGGCUGCAUUACAAUUGGCUCAUCCUGAGGCAGUUAAAUACCUUGAGCCUCAAAUCAGACUGGCAGCCAAAGUUGGUAAACAGAAGAAGGAAUAUAAACUGUCUGUGACGUCAGAGAAAACCUUUGAAAAAAUCAAAAGUCUAGCCGAAGCUCCUAUUGAAGCUGUUUUUACAGAUCCCACGUAUGGCAAGUUUGAACGUGGAGAGGCCCUAGACAAGAUUACCCAAGAUGUAAAAAGAGCACUUGAGGAAGAAUGUGAUGAAGAAAGCUUAAAAGUUUUAUCUAAGACAGUUGACACAGUGAGGAAAGAGGUUGUUCGCAGGAGAAUCAUUGCUGAAGGACUUCGAGUAGAUGGGAGACGUCUUGAUGAGGUUAGGCCUCUGUAUUGUGAAGCCGGUAAUUUACCUGUAUUGCAUGGAUCAUCACUCUUUUCACGAGGGGAUACUCAGGUUCUUUGUACUGUUACCCUUGGAGCACCUGGAGAUGCUCAACGUUUGGAUUCCCUGGUUGGUCCCCCAACAAAGCGCUUCAUGCUUCACUAUAGUUUUCCACCAUUUUGCAUUAAUGAAGUUGGUAAGCGAGGUGGCUUGAAUAGGCGUGAAGUUGGGCAUGGCACUCUUGCUGAGAAAGCUUUGCUUGCUGUAUUACCACCGGAAGAUGACUUUCCAUAUACAGUCCGUAUCAAUUCAGAAGUCAUGUCUUCUGAUGGUUCAACUUCAAUGGCAACUGUCUGUGGAGGCAGUAUGGCUUUGAUGGAUGCGGGAAUUCCUUUAAGAGAACAUGUAGCGGGAAUGUCGGUGGGCCUUAUUAGUGAUGUUGACCCAUCAACCGGCACAAUCAAGGAUUAUCGUAUUGUAACUGAUAUUUUGGGCCUGGAAGAUCAUCUGGGGGAUAUGGACUUUAAAAUUGCAGGCACACGAAAUGGGAUAACAGCAAUUCAAUUGGAUAUAAAACCCGCUGGAAUUCCUUUAGAUAUUAUUUGUGAGUGUUUAGAACCUGCACUUAAAGGGCGGCUUCAAAUCCUUGAACAUAUGGAGCGAGAGAUCAAUGCACCGCGUACUCAGGAUGACAAGAACUCUCCUCGGUUAGCCACCUUGAAGUAUAGUAAUGAUUCUCUUCGUCAUUUGAUUGGUCCUCUUGGUGCUUUAAAGAGAAAAAUUGAAGAAGAAACAGGUGCACGGAUCUCUGUGAGUGAUGGAACCCUUACGAUAGUUGCUAAGAAUCAAUCUGUCAUGGAAAAAGUACAAGAAAAGGUUGAUUUUAUAGUUGGGCGUGAGAUUGAAAUUGGAGGGAUUUAUAAAGGGGUUGUAACUUCAGUCAAAGAAUAUGGUGCCUUUGUGGAGUUCAAUGGUGGCCAACCAGGGCUCUUACACAUUUCUGAAUUGUCCCAUGAACCGGUAUCCCGGGUUUCAGACAUGGUAGCUGUUGGGCAGCAACUUUCUCUAAUGUGCAUAGGACAAGACGUUCGUGGUAACAUUAAGUUAUCUCUUAAAGCUACUUUACCUCGACUAGUAUCAGAGACAAACAACGUGCUUGGGGGAUCUGUGGAUUCCAAAAAUCAUGUACCUAAUGUUUGGGAAACUGUUGGUGAUGUGCCUGACGAGCAGGAAAAACAAAAGAAUGUGGUGGACGAUUUGCCAGUGGAUAAACAUGACACUAGUGGGGCAAGCUCUUCUUCUUCAACACCGGCAGUUCUGAUUCGAAGUGCUGCAGAGUGCGAUGAGGAGGAAAAAUCUGCUGGUUUAAAUCUGAAUUUUAGAAGUAGCUCUAGAUCCCUAAGCACUUCGAAGUCUGACUCGAAUCACAAGUCAAAAGCAUCCCCAUCUCAAAAAAAUGUGCUUGACUCACCAUUUGCCGAUUCUGAUAUUUUUUCAUCCAGAAAUGCCAAGUCGUCAAAAUCAUUUUCGCCAAAGGAAAAAGAGAGAGAAUCCAAUACUAACUUUGUAGGUGAUGAUGAAGAUGAGAAUGAAUGCAACUCUUCAUCCGCAACUCGUUCGCGGAAUGAUUUAAAUGAUAGGGAACAUGCAGUUGAGGCUCCCAUGAAUGCGAAAAAGCUAAAGCUUGGAAUGCAGGUAACAGCUAAGGUUCAUCAAAUUCGUGCACGUGGGUUAGUUCUUGACUUGGGUGGUGGAAUUCGUGGAAUGUACCGGUUUGAGACUAGUGGCAAGAGGGACUUUGAGAUAGGAGACGAGGUGCAAGUCAUGUGUUCAAGUUUUUCUACCAAGGGGAUUCCAGUGAUGUCCAUGGUGGAAAAUGAGUAGUGUUUUAUUUGCUAUUGGUGCCUCAGACAUACAAUGCAAGGAUGAUGGAUGGCAACUGGAAUGAAAAUUGGCAAGAAAGUAUACCGUGUAUCAACAGCACAGAGAUGCUAAUAUAUGGGCUCAAUUAUGCCGCAAAUUUUGCAUGGAUUGGAGCAUGCGCUGUUUCAUAUGAUGUGAAGGACUCUGUAGCUUUGGUUUGAGCAAAGCAUUCGGGGGGAUGGCUAAUCUACGUUUAGCAUCACGAUGCUCGGGUCUCAUUCAAAGGUUAGUCUAGAAGAGCCUGCUAAAUUUUAUUUACAAGCCAACUUUCACAAUUUUGUUUAGGUUGGUGUCUUUGCCAUGCAAGUUCAUGGUAAAUUUUGACUCUUAUUGGUUCUUGGUUAGUAAUUGUAGCAAUCGACCUUAUAUGAGAAAGUAGUUUUUCUUUCUGGUGCAUCAGAGAAAUGAAAUGUAAAUAUGAUUUUUGGCAGUGAUGAUGGUCUGGGACCUUUAAAGCUGGUUUUGUUG